AUGAAGCUUUUUCUUCUUCUUCUGUUUCUCCUCCACAUUUCCCAUUCCUUCACCGCCGGUAGAUCAGUCUCCGAGUCCCGUGCCCUUCUCUCACUUAAAUCCUCUCUCACCGGCGCCGGAGAUGACACAAACUCGCCUCUCGCCUCCUGGAAAGUCACAACCAGCUUCUGCACAUGGACUGGUGUCAGGUGCGAUGUCUCUCGACGGCACGUGACCUCUCUUGACCUCUCCGGCCUCAACCUCUCCGGUUCUCUCUCUUCAGACGUAUCGCAUUUACGUCUCCUCCAGAACCUCUCGCUCGCUGAAAACCAGAUCUCCGGCCCAAUCCCGCCGGAGAUCUCGAAUCUCUCCGGUCUUCGUCACCUGAAUCUCUCCAACAAUGUCUUCAACGGCUCGUUUCCCGAUGAGAUUUCUUCUGGAUUAGUGAAUCUCCGCGUCCUCGAUGUCUACAACAACAAUCUAACCGGAGAUUUACCGGUUUCCGUCACCAAUCUCACUCAGCUCCGACAUCUUCACCUCGGCGGGAACUACUUCGCCGGUCGGAUCCCGUCGUCUUACGGAAGCUGGCCGGUUAUCGAGUACUUGGCAAUUUCCGGCAACGAGCUUGCAGGCAAAAUCCCUCCAGAGAUCGGAAACUUAACGACUCUCCGGGAGCUCUACAUCGGCUACUACAACGCGUUCGAGGACGGUCUACCUCCGGAGAUCGGAAAUCUAUCGGAGCUCGUACGGUUCGACGCCGCUAAUUGCGGAUUAACCGGAGAGAUUCCGCCGGAGAUCGGGAGGCUUCAGAAGCUCGAUACUCUCUUCCUUCAAGUGAAUGUCUUCUCCGGGCCGUUAACUUGGGAGCUGGGAACGCUCUCGAGCCUGAAAUCAAUGGAUUUGUCUAACAACAUGUUCACCGGAGAGAUUCCAGCGAGUUUCGCUCAGCUGAAGAACCUCACGCUCUUGAAUCUCUUCAGAAACAAGCUCCACGGCGAGAUACCGGAGUUCAUCGGAGAAUUGCCGGAGCUGGAAGUGUUACAGCUCUGGGAGAACAAUUUCACCGGAAGCAUCCCGCAGAAAUUGGGGGAAAACGGUAAACUCAACCUUGUCGAUCUCUCCUCCAACAAACUCACCGGAACUCUACCGCCGAACAUGUGCUCCGGUAACAAGCUGGAAACCUUAAUCACUCUCGGAAACUUCCUCUUUGGCUCAAUCCCUGAUACCCUUGGCAAAUGCGAGUCCCUGACCCGGAUCCGAAUGGGCGAGAAUUUCCUAAACGGGUCAAUCCCUAAAGGACUAUUCGGAUUACCCAAAUUAACUCAAGUCGAGCUUCAAGACAAUUACCUCACCGGCGAAUUACCCGUAGCCGGAGCUCUCUCCGUCAAUCUCGGCCAGAUCAGUCUAUCAAACAACCAGCUCUCAGGUCCAUUACCUCCGGCGAUCGGAAACUUCACCGGCGUUCAGAAACUCCUCCUCGACGGAAACAAAUUCGAAGGUCCGAUUCCUUCAGAGCUAGGGAAGCUCCAACAGCUCGCGAAGAUCGAUUUCAGCCACAACUUGUUAUCCGGCCGAAUCGCACCGGAGAUCAGCCAUUGCAAGCUCCUAACCUUCGUCGAUCUAAGCCGUAACGAGCUCUCCGGCGAGAUACCAAAGGAGAUAACCGGUAUGAAGAUAUUAAAUUACUUGAAUCUGUCGAGAAACCAUCUCUUGGGAUCAAUUCCCGGUUCGAUCUCGUCAAUGCAGAGCUUAACCUCGCUCGAUUUCUCAUAUAACAAUCUCUCCGGUUUAGUCCCCGGAACCGGACAAUUCAGUUACUUCAACUACACGUCAUUUUUAGGAAACCCUGAUCUUUGUGGUCCUUAUCUUGGACCUUGUAAAGACGGAGUCGCUAAAGGAAGCCACCAGGGACACAGCAAAGGAGCUUUAUCAGCUUCAAUGAAGCUACUGCUCGUCCUUGGUCUACUCGUUUGCUCGAUCGCGUUCGCAGUCGCGGCUAUAAUCAAAGCUAGGUCUUUGAAAAAGGCGAGCGAGUCACGCGCUUGGAGGCUUACAGCUUUCCAGAGACUAGACUUCACUUGUGACGAUGUGUUGGAUUCUCUCAAAGAAGACAACAUUAUAGGCAAAGGAGGAGCGGGGAUUGUGUACAAAGGUGUCAUGCCUAACGGCGACCAAGUCGCGGUGAAGAGACUCGCUGCGAUGUCUCGUGGAUCUUCGCACGAUCACGGAUUCAACGCAGAGAUUCAGACUUUGGGGAGGAUAAGGCAUAGACAUAUCGUGAGGCUUCUUGGCUUUUGCUCUAACCAUGAGACGAAUCUGCUUGUGUAUGAGUACAUGCCUAAUGGGAGUCUUGGAGAGGUGCUUCAUGGUAAGAAAGGAGGACACUUGCAUUGGGACACACGUUACAAGAUUGCUCUUGAAGCUGCGAAAGGACUCUGUUAUCUUCAUCAUGAUUGUUCUCCGUUGAUUGUUCACAGAGAUGUCAAGUCAAACAAUAUCCUCCUUGAUUCGAACUUUGAAGCUCAUGUUGCUGACUUUGGUCUCGCUAAGUUCUUACAAGACUCUGGUACUUCUGAGUGUAUGUCUGCCAUUGCUGGAUCUUACGGCUACAUUGCUCCAGAAUAUGCGUAUACGUUGAAGGUAGAUGAGAAGAGCGAUGUGUAUAGUUUCGGUGUGGUCCUUUUAGAGCUCGUGACCGGAAGGAAACCGGUCGGUGAAUUCGGUGAUGGUGUCGAUAUCGUGCAGUGGAUGCGUAAAAUGACUGAUUCGAACAAGGACUCGGUUCUCAAAGUGCUUGAUCCGAGACUCUCCUCUGUUCCGAUUCACGAAGUGACGCAUGUUUUCUACGUGGCGAUGCUCUGUGUCGAAGAACAAGCCGUUGAGCGGCCGACGAUGAGAGAAGUUGUUCAGAUUCUUACCGAGAUCCCGAAGUUGCCACCGUCGAAGGAUCAGCCGGCGACGGAAUUGACCGGGAUAGAGAAGUCAACGCCAGAGAGUGAGCUCUCGCCGAAAUCCGGUGGUCAAGGUCCGCCGGAUCUCCUCAAUCUCUGA